AUGACCGUGGAGAAACCAGCCGCAGGUGUUCGCACCUUCGGCGGCCUUAACAUCCUGGGGCACCUGGCGAGUCUGGGGGCUCACCCUCCCGCAGUGGCUUACUCCAUGACCACCCUGGGAGCAGGCAUGAUGAACAGUAUAUUUAGCUUCUACUAUGUCAAGCUGUUCCUCAACAAGUACAACAUAUCAGAGGGAGCUUUCCAUCAGUCACAAGUGAGUACUGUACUACAGUAACAGAUACUGUAAACUUUCUGGGCAUUAGGUAGCCUAGUGGUUAGAGCGAUGGGCCAGUAACUGAACCAAAUUAUUAUUUAUUAAACAGCAACUGUAGCCGUAGGGCCCUAUGACUAUUAUGUACUUGCAUAAUAGUAGGCCUACAUUGUACACUGCCCAAUAAUAGUAUGUCAAUUCAAAAUGGGACUAACUGGCUUGAUAUGUCAAUGCUCAAUGGUAGUGAGGAAAGUAUGCACAAUGGUAUUCUUGGCCAUGCAGCUUGCUCACACUUUUAUUAAGUGGAACGAACCACACAUGACAGCAUAUACAGUCCUUAGACAUGUAAUUUGGGCAAUUGUGCAAUAUUAGCAACUUCGAGAUACACAUUUCUAUGCAAACAAGACAAUUAUUAUGUCAUCCUUCUUUGUCAUCUCUUCAUCCUGACAGGUGGUGUACAUGGUGUGGAACGCAGUGAACGACCCUCUGUUCGGCUACCUGCAGGAUAACUCCCGCGUACCAUGCUGCUCUCAACGUCGUCUCUCCAUCUUGUAUGGUGCUCCCUUCUACGCACUCGCCUUCCUGCUCGCCUGGUUCCCAUGGCGAGAGUACGCCCCCGGCGACUGGAUGAGCGGCGUCCACCUAAUGGUGGCGUUGUGUGCGUUCGAUGGGAUGCUGACGUUUGUGUUGCUGGCACAGUGCGCCCUCUUUGCAGAGAUAUCAGGCCACCACCAGAGCAGACUGAGACUCAUCAAGUACAACCAGGUAGAAAAGGGAGGUGUUUUGUGAAGUGUUUCUUUUACAAGUUUCAUUUUAGCUGUAUAAGGUAUUUAUUUUGUUGUCUGAAGUCAGUAAAGUGUUCUCACGUUUAUCUCCUCUUCCCCCUCCUCUCCCCAGGUGGCGUCCCUUAUAGGUUCCUCCAGUGUUCUAUUCUGCGGCCUCCUCUCCCAGAACAUGGAUGACUUCCCAUCCUUCCAGGGCUUCACUGUCCUGGUGGCUGUUCUGGCCUGUGGCUGCAUGAUCUACACAGGCCUACACAGUGAGAGCCGCUUCGACACCAAAGAGUCAGCACCGGGGUCAAACGACCAGGGUUCUGGCCAGUCAACUCUUUCCUUCUCCUUGGUGACCUCUAUGACCUUGCAGAUCAUUACCAAUAGGGACUUCCAGCUCUUUGUGCUCAUGAACUUCUUCCAGGUCAGAAAAAAGACUGGGAUACAGCCGCUCAAUGGGGCCACAGAAUGUGGGCACAUAUCACUUGGUUUGUUCUGUUAAUGGGGAUAUAUGAGUGUGUACCACAUCUGACCAUUACAUUUAUAUUUCCUAUCCAUUGCACUUUUUCCAGGUCUUCAUGGUGGCAUUCUAUAAUAACUUCACUAUGAUCUUCGCCGAGCAUCUGAUACCCCCCAACGUGCUGCCAUCACUGGCCAAGAGCUUCAUGUAUGGAGCUGGCUUUAUCUGUCCUCAGGUAACAUACCGCAGCUCAAAACCCUUUAUACUGAGUGGAGGGAGUCACUAACCUCACUCAGCACCACCAGUGUAUUGCAUGGAGUGCCUUGCCAAGUGCUGACCACACAUUAGACCACCUAUUUUCUAGCAUUGCCUUGUUGAUUUAUUCCCAUGGUGUUACUUACUGUACUGUACCUUACUGUCAUCUCUGUGGUGUGUCUCUCUCAGUUGGUGGUGCUGAGCAGUCAGAGCCUGCUCCAGGGCCUGGGCUACUACAAGAUCAUCCUGCUCACCUUCUACGUAGAGGCUGGCAUGGCUGCCGUCAUGCUGGUGCUGGGGCCACAUCACUACUACAUUCUGGCAUUCUUCCUGACCGCUAACAUGUAAGAAGUUAUGUUAUCGAAUUGUCAUUGUAAUGUUAUUAUAUCAUCUAUUUAUAUGUUAUUGUAGUCACUGUCAUUAAUGACAGUGAUUGUCCACAUAUAUCAGUGUCAGUUAUGUAAUUCAGUAACAUGAUUUGCUCCAUGAGUUGGAUAUACAACAGCGCCAUUUUACAACUGUUUGCUUUAUCACACAAACACUUUAAUUGUAAAAAAAAAUUAAUUACAAAAAUAUCUUUGUCGCCAUUAAGGGUCCUUGUCCAGGCAGCCUUCAGUCUGUUUAACCUGCCUCUGGCUGACAUUAUCGACUCAGACCUUCAGAGACACAAGCGCAGGUAAACCCAGGUCUGCUGUGUCACAGUUAUAAUAGUGCCACAUCAGCACACAGUGAACUCCACCCGCCCAGCCAUCCAUUAUAGACAGACAGUAAUAGAACACUACUCCCUCAGGGGUGUCGGCAGGUAGCUUAGUGGUUAAGAGCGUUGUGCCAGUAACCGAAAGGUCGCUGGUUCUAAUCCCCGAGCCGACUAGGUGAAAAAUCUGUCGAUGGGCCCUUGAGCAAGGCACUUAACCCUAAUUGCUCCUGUAAGUCACUCUGGAUAAGAGCGUCUGCUAAAUGACUAAAAUGUAAAUGUAAAAUGUUCUGUAGGCUAACACUGAGCUUCAUAGGCAGUGCUACAGUACCUAACAGCCUCCCUUGUAAGGGCACCUACCUAACAUUACAAAAGUAACUGAGGCUGUAUGUACUUUGUAGGGCACAUUAAGUAUGUAUUGAUAUUAACCCACCAAAGUAAGUGUGGAAGAGGUAUGCUAUUUGGACUUCAAUUGUAAAAUGUUACAAUGAAUGUGCAUCUCUAAGUCACGUAAACACAGUGAUGGAUGUAAACACUAGCAAGGGUAUGACUAAAAAUGCCUUGAGCCCUUGAUGGAAAAUAUAAAUCCAAUCAUUCUAAUCCAUGAUUAGUAUUGUCAUUGUUAUAUCCUCCUUAUGACAUCAAUGUAAGUGGAUCAAGUAUUAAAGCCUUGUUGUGUCCUUUCCCUCUGUGUCCUCUACAGCUCCCCCCUCUCCUCCAUGGUGUUUGGGACCAAUGCUCUGUUCACUAAACCAGCCCAGUCUCUGGCUCCUAUGCUGGUGGUCUCCAUCCUAAACCAGUUUGGCUACGAGAACCUCAAGGACGCUGGGAGGGAUGCAAACCCCAGGUAAGGGCUGCUGGGAGGGUUGCAAACCCCAGGAAAGGGCUGCUGGGAGGGAUGCAAACCCCAGGUAAGGGCUGCUGGGAGGGUUGCAAACCCCAGGUAAGGGCUGCUGGGAGGGAUGCAAAACCCAGGUAAGGGCUGCUGGGACAGAUGCAAACCCCAGGUAAGGGCUGCUGGGAUGGAUGCAAAACCCAGAUAAGGGCUGCUGGGAGGGAUGCAAACCCCAGGUAAGGGCUGCUGGGAGGGAUGCAAACCUCAGAUAAGGGCUGCUGGGAGGAAUGCAAACCCCAGGUAAGGGCUGCAUCUCAAUAGUCUAAAAUGGCCUCUCCUUAUCUCCUUUUUGCUAAUGUCGUAGAAAUAUUUGACUCAAAAGUAGUCAACUUAAAAAUAUUUCUCAAGAGACUGGAGCUUGUGAAUAAAAAAAUUAGACUUUUAUUAUUUGCAUAACAAAGCCGAGCUUGCUCCAUGGAGCAACUGCUUGCCCUGAACCGGAGCUCUCCUUUUAUACAGACACAAAUGCAUAGUCAACAUACAUAGUUACUUCUCUCUAUGUAAAUGAAUAACAUAUUUUCAUUAUCACAUGUUGGCUACUCACGGGGGCUACUUGCGCUUCUCUAAAUGGGGCCACUGUAUCUUAUUAGUGGCGUGACUGAAUUAUGUACAUACGUACAUUAAAGAACAAUCACACUCUGUAUUGACUAUAUUCACUAUCCAGACAUAUAUCUGAAGUACAAAGUAUUAAUCAUGUUCAUUCUGUUUUACCUUUAUCAUUUCAUAACACAUUAUAAAACAUAUCAAUUAAUACUUAAACAUGGUUUAAACAUGUCAUCCGUAACCCAUUCUCAACCACAUACAUUUAAGCAUUUAUCAUUUACCAUCCUCCCUGGCCCUUGAGAUUAUGUGCAUGUGGCUAUGUGUCAGGUCAUAAGCACGAACAAAUGAUAACACUAGUUCCAUUGUUACUCUAAUCUUCACACAGCCACCAUGAGGAGUUGUAUCUCCAUCACGUCAUUGACAUACCCAGACCAGCUGCAGGGAGUUAUGAAAAACACAUAAAUGUCUCUGCUCUGUAUUAACCCUUCAACUGGUUCUCAAUCCAUAAACAUUUAAGGUAUAUAGGUGUUUCAUUCUACCAUAUAUUCCCCCCUGUUGGGACUCUAUAAGUCCCAACCAAUAAAACAAAAGUUAACAUAAAAUGAGUGUAAGCAUGUGCAUAUACUUAUUCUUAGCCUUGCCAUCUGUGGUUACAUGUUUAUAAGAAUAUAUAUUCAGACCAAUGUAUCUUCCUCAUUGUCUGACCCAUCCUGAUGAGGACCCAGAGCCCAGUCAGGUAUUGGUUACGAGUCUGGAAGGUUUUCCUCUAAAUUAACCUCCAAAUUGUUCUAUUGAGCUUUGUAACCAUUGCUCCCCUUUUUGUUUUGUUGUAGCAUUUCCAAUAUACGUGGUAGUAUCCUAACACAUCAAAAUAUAUAAGAAAUAAAUGCAACUUUGUUUUAACCAUAACAUCUAGGACAUGUUAAGAAUAGUGUCAACAUCUUUAGCUUACAUAACCUUUUUUACCCAUAUCACAAUUAUUAUAACAAUCAAAAGAAUCAAUAUCAAUAUCUAAUCAAUUAAUUGCAAUGUCAACAUCAUUAGUUAUUAACAUUAAUAACUUAUUCAAAUCAAUCAGUCACCUUAUAAUUCAUAGUCAUUAUCAGAUUAAUUACCCAAAACAAAUUUAGAAUGACAAUUCUUAGUUAUUCACUUUGGUUCCAUCAUUCAAAGUUAAAUCUCUCACCUUGGCACAUAUUGACACUGGCAGAAUGUAUAUUUAUACUAUCAUAAUUCUAGCAUUAACUUCCUCAUAACGAGAAUUACAACAGAUCAUUAUCUUAAUGCAUUCCUAGUCUAAAUUACUAUAAAUUUAGCAGUGUAUAAUACCUCCUUAAUCAACAUACUCCCUUACUCUACCGGCACUCAAUCUUCUGGCGUCUUCAUUAUGUUCUUCAGAUAGCUUCAUAGUUCAUCUUGGAUUGCCCAUGUCCCAAUUCCAAUGUCACACCUGAGCCGCCCCACCUCCACCAUCAUUCUGUUUUGUCCAUUUGCAAACCAGUAUACCCAAACUACGAAGAACGUUGCAUUUGCAUAGACCUCUCUCCUCCUGCUCACUCCACAUGGACUCCUGUCACAUUCUUGAGAGAAAAGGCACAAAAGAGAAGGCAAUUGAUUGCUUUGAUUUGAUGCUGGAUUCAGGUCUCCUGGCAGAGGUGGUGUCGGACAGGAGCGUCUUCACCGCCUUUGUUGUUCCUCUUCAGCCGGGUAGAGGGUUUUUUGUUUUUAUUGAGGUUCACACCGCUCUGGACCGAAUUAUUUCUACUAUGCAUUAUGACACCAUCCGUAAUAACAUCUUGAAUGUCUGGAAUCUCUCGGUGGUCUGGAAUCUCUCGGCGGUCUGGAAGGUCUUGGAAGUCUCGGUGGUCUCCUAGUCAUCAGUUCCCUCACUCUGGUACAAUGGUUUAGAUGAUACCCGAUCACGCUCCCCUCUAUCCGUACCGCCGUUGGUGUAACCUGGAUGACGAUGUAUGGUCACAUUAGCUGUUAACCUUCCCCAUCACUAGGGUCUCCAGAUCAGCCAGAGUCCCUCUCAAUCUAUCGACAUCAGUCUGCGAAGAGUGUCCUUCUAUCAGCUUACCCAUAGGGAAGCUUGGAGUUACUGCUGCAAAGACACAAGCACAGACACACACAAAAGACAACAAUGCUACCCAAUGGCUGAGGUUGGAACACUCCUAUAGUGGGAAACAUGGAUCUAAGUAUCUGUCUCCACCACUUUUACCAUCAUUAAGGUAGCCAACAACACCUGGUACAGGCCCCUCCACAUAGGGUCUUUCCAGCUCUUUCUUCUGUAGUCUUUUGCCAUCACAUAGUCUCCAGGGCACAGAAAAUACUCAGAUUCUCCUACUCAGUUGGGCAGAGUUAUCUUCACCCAUGAAAAGAAAAUCUGAAGAACAUUGUUAGGUUAGGUGAGACACAGUAUGCUUCUUAUGUCCUCUCAUCCAUCAAGAGAAGCCUUGAAAUGAUGAAGCACACCUGCUACCAGCUUGUUGUAGUCCACUUAUUUCAUGCCUCCUAUCACAAAAACAAAAAAGAUUUAACCUAACCAAUAACACAUUAUUACUACUGCUCAUAUCCUUAAUACACCUUGCAUAUUUCCCCACAAAACCAUUAUAAAACAUUAAAACCUCUGUAAGCCCAACUUCCCCCCUUGGACACAUGCAUCACAUCGUGAUUCAUGUGUUAAAAAAACAAAAGAACAACAAUAUUGCCUAUUAAACCAAAAAUAAUAACUAAACUUAAAAUGACAACCCUUGAGCAUAUCUUUACUUAACUGUAUCCCAUAACACUAUUCAAGGAAUACCUCUCCUUCAGGACUAACUCUCUCACUUCAUCCUUGUCCUGUUUGGACUAAUAUAUAUAUAUAUAUAUAUAUAUAUAUAUAUAUAUAUAUAUAUAUAUAUAUAUAUAUAUAUAUAUAUAUAUAUAUAUAUAUAUAUGAAUUUGUCCAAAUUAUAAACUUCUUCACAAUUAUCCUUAUUAUAUCUAACCCCCUAAUUCAGCAUGCCUCUAGAAUUUACAGUGUGGAUGAUCAGGUCACACUAUAAAGACAGGACAGAUUUCAGAGGUCAUUGAAAUCAUUCAAUGAAUUGUUUCAUCCAAUAGUAUACUACUCAUUAAUAACCAUCAAGACAUUUCAUAAAUGUUGUAUCCCGAGUGUACAGUAAGUCCUUAGUACAGCGCUUUUCAAAAUAAAUCACACACAUUUACUUAUCCCUCAGUAAAUAAAACCCCAAUUACAUGUGUAUGCCCCUUUUAAGAUAUUUCACUUCCAUCCCGUCAAAAAACCCAAAAUAGAAAUAAAAAUCCUAUACAGCUAACAUUUCAUACUAAGUAGUUUGUUUGUGGUUAUUCGAACACCAUAUAGUAAAACAAUAAACAAACAAAAAAUGGCCAGGCCUUAUUUAUUUUGGUAGCUCCCUAAUGACAACCUAAAAAUAAAAGUACUUAAUUUUACUAACUAGUUCCACCCUAACCUACAGACUUUUUUAACAUCCUAAUGAGAUAUAAAGAAAUCCCCAUGUUCCUGGAAGAGAAAGUAUACAUGUCGUUAACAUAUAAUCAACAAUCCAAAGAUAGUAAUUACACACAAAACAUCAUACAUAUAUCCCCAGUCCUAUCUCAUCAACAAUCAUUCGUAUCAAUCUCACUCCUCAGAACUACUCCAUAAAAAGAUUAUAUCAAACCUUUGAAAAAUUAAAACCACUCAAAAUUCCUCUGAGUUUACAAUGAUUAUAUCCUCUUUAAAUCCCAUCAUGAUUAUUGAACCCCUACAUCUGCUCCUUGUGAUCCCAUAUCAAAUAAAGCAUUAUCGUUUACAUUAUCAACAACCUAGGAAAUAUCAGUAACCCCUUUUAUUGUUCCUAACUUCCCUCUAAAUGUCUUCCCUCCAAUACAAUCACGUACACCGCUUAAGUAAGACUAGAUAUGUUAACCCCAGCAUCGAUUUUAAAUUGUUUGAUACGUCGUGUCCUACUUUACCCCUAACAUAAUAUUAUAGGAGACUCCCAUCAAUCCUGGAAAAUUUUUUUUUUAUCCCACUUAGAAGACACUAGAUAAUAACACGUUUUAUUAAGUUAACUACACCUUCCACUAUAAACCUAUAACCCAUUUUUUGUAAUUUAAACAUCGCAAACUGUUGCAUUGAUGUUUUUAAAAAUAUAAACCUAUUGUUUCAUAAUCCAAAACCCAUAAAAAGAUGUCUACUUAAUCCAUUAGGUCAACAGCAACAACUACCUCCCAUCGUUCAAUGUACCAUAAACAAAUGAUCGUUAUCUGAAGUAAUGAACCAUCGUCAUAACUCACCGCUGUUUAAACAAACUAUAUAAUGUCAUAAUAAAAUGAUCAAUGAUCAAAUAUCGUUCCUUAUUCAACUAUCGAGACAUGUUCUUCAUUAGUAAAUCGUCUCCACAAAGCAAUACUACCUAAUAACAUAUCCUCAUUCUCCUAAAUAUAAAUAAUUACUUAUAUUAAACAAUCCCAUUCAACAUCAAGUCAACCUGUCUCAUCACCCAAUUAACUUACUUAUUUUUUAAACCCUCUACAAUAUCUAUCAUACUCUACUGCUAAUUUUCCUCAUAACGGUACCUCAACAGAUGACAAAUUAUUUUACAUUUAUAGUAAAAACCAAUAAAACAUCAAAUUCACCGAUAUGCAAUUUUAAUUAAUAUGUUAUCCUAUCCGACAUGGAUUGGUAGGACAACAUAUUUCCUAUAAUGUUAUCAAUGAAACCAGUAAUUCACGUCAAUAGCAUCAAUGUAAAAGAUUUGCUUUCUGUCCCUUACUGGAUUCGAACCAGGGACCCUCUGCACACAUCGACAACACUCACCAUCGAAGCACCGCCACCCGUCGCUCCACAAAAGCCGCGGCCCCCGCAAAGCAACUACUUCCAGUUCAUAGAGCAAGUGACGUCACCCAACGAAAACUGCACUAGCUCUCACCGCUAACUAGCUAGCAAUUUCCUGCCGAUAAUAUUCAACCUCCUACGACUUCCUACAAAAAAUGCGAUCCUUGUACACCUAAUGUAACCCAUAAUGUCCCUUAUAGCGCUCUCACGUUUCAGCAAGCCCCAAUGGUUAACACCUGCAGACAAAAAUGGAAAUUCUUCCAUUUUUGCUAGCAGACCUAAUAAAACACACUUUCAAACAGCGUUCUGCAUUUACCUCUAUCAUAUGGUUUAAAAACGAACUUAACAACAUUAACCAUCCUAAAUUGCCGUAGUAACGUCAUGUUUGGUUCAGUUUAUCUAUUACCAUAUAAGACAUUCACUUCUCCAUGCGUCGUAAACUAUAUCCUAUUUCUCUUGUAAUCAACUAAAAUCAUAGCCACGCAAUUAAACCAUCACUCCGCCAUUAUCAGAAUGAAUGAGAUCUAUUCAACUAUCCUUUCUAAGUAAGCUACAAGUAACACCAAACACUUGCUGUAGUUUACCAUCAUAUAUUGAAAUCAUCCAUUUAUCACGAUCCAAUUUAUUUAUAGACAUAUUCCACCAUUGUCACUCGUUUAAUCAGCAAAACCUUAUUCAAUGUCCAAAAAAAUUACUACCACGCACUCUUCUCUCCAUACCCGUUAACAUUUUCACAUGUUAGUCAUUUAGCUGAUGCUCUUAUCCCAAGCGACCCACAAUUAGUGAGCUCAUACAUUUUUAUACUUAUACUAGCCCCCCUUGGGAAUGGAACACGCAACCCUGGCGUUGCAAGCACCGUGCUCUACCAACUGAGCUACAGAGGACCACAGAUGAGCGUAUAGUGCAUUUUUCUGAUAAUGUUAUAAUUGUAGCCUAUUGCAUUACUUUAGUUUAAAAUAUAAGUUUGUUUAUUCAACAAAUCUAGAACCCACUAUAAAUUGGUGCUAUUCCCUCAGCAUAAUAGCCAAAGCUCCUUGCAUCCCCUGGUUCACAUAACGAAAAUAAAUUAUAAUUCUAGAAUUCACCAACUAUUCGCAUACAUCACUGGUGUCACGCAAACUAUAGAAUAAAGUAAUAACAAUUAGAAUUUGUCAAAUAAAUGUUUUCCAUCCAACUAUUCAAACUUGCUUCAAAUAUCUCUUUCAGCUUGAUACAGUCAAGCAAGUACGACUCUCUUUUACCUGGAAACUAGUUCAUGGCAUUAGUAAAGUCUAUUCACAUCCCAACAAUAACUACUAAUAUAUGUAUAUUCAUAUUAUUAAAAGACCUUACUUUCAUUCCAGUCUACCUAAACAAUUCAAAUUAUGGCCAUAACUAUCGCAAUUGCCAGUCCGCUAUUCAAAUGUAUGUAACUGUCCUUUCUGAUCAGACUAUAGACACUCCUCCCUCUUUCCCGUUGAAUAAGUGAGUCCUUCAGUCUGAAAAGACGCAGGCUGCUAAAUCGUCCAGUCUUAUCCUGACUGCUCCGUCAAUCUAAACAACCCACAACCAUAGUUGAACUAUACUUAGAAAACCUAGACUCUGAUCAGCGAUGCAGAAUCUAUGCUUUAUUGAAAAGACAAGUUAAUCCUCCUUUAUUUCAAUGAUAAUGGUCAGUCGUUUUAGUAUCUGGCACAUACCACACUUUAUCAGAAAAUAGCUUUGAAGGACACAGAUCUCACACGCUCAACGUAAAUAACUUAGCAGUCAACAAGUCAAACCCCACAUUCAUUGAUUUGGAAACAGAUCUAACGACCUAACCAAAUGAAUUAUAUUUUCCCCUAAUAUACUACAAUUCCUUGACUAUAUCACCUCUGCUUCUGAAAUAAUAGAUAGUUUAUUAUAAUGCUUAAUUCCACCACAUGCUCUAUGUACUUUCUCCCAUCCCCACGUACGUCUACGUGCAAGUCAACACCUAUAAUGUUAUCCAAUCCCUCGUAAUAAAUUACACUCCCAUAAAAUUCAUUAUAUUCUAAUAUAUUCACAUCUACCAAACCAUUCAUGUUUCUAAUGAUUCUUUAUUGCCACAAAUCAAUUAAUCACAAUCUAGUCUCAGCGGAACGAACAACAAAUUACCCAAAUCCUUCCCCAGUCAUAGAAUCCUCCCAGAAUCGUAUAUGCUGGUCACUAUUCACUGAUCUUACAAAAUUCCAUGACAGGCAUUGUUGUACGAAACUCCAAGAUAUAAUUUACAAGAAAAGCUUAUUAUUCCAACGUGUAUAUAUAUAUAAUUAUCAUACACACCUCUAUAUCUCAUCAUUCAAACUUUAGAGUGCGACUCAUUUACACCAUUAUACCACUCUUAUUCCAUAUUUAUACAAUGUUGUUCUCAAACGCGCUUAAUUACUAUUUGUAUAACCUACAGGAAUAUUUUAUUCUACCAAAGAUCCCAAAUUUGGAAUGUUAACCCUAUCCCAGUUAUUAUUUUACUGUAGUCAAUUUAUCAUAAUACUACAUCACCUCUAAAGUUUCCAAAUAUAAUGUCAGAAACAUACCCUAAAAGAUUGAUCAAAAUACAAUGCAUAGACGUCAUAUGAUCACACCGGUACACGUGACCUGUUCCUCCAACAGGAUUUAUUCUACCCCUCCUGGUAACGUGAAUUUUAUACACUCAGUUGGUCAAUGAAUAUCCACGCACCAUUUAUUCUUCUCUUUCCUAAUGUGAGAUUGGGCACGCCCUUUCUCCAUCAGACAGAAGCUUCAAACGACCUCAAAUAUAUUUCCUUUCCUUACAGAAAGGCUAUUUACUUGCAGGAUUUCUCACUCACACAGAUGAGCAGCCACUUGUACCCAAAUGAAUCAGACAGUUUAAUGACUCACAGUAGCCCAAGCAAACCACUCAUCCACAUGAUCAGACCUACUCUAUUUAACACUUUCUCUAUAUUUUGAAGCCUUAGUGACUGUUUAUCCCGUUCACCUACUCAGGAUGACUGGUGUUAACUCCAAUUUAUGUCACCUACUGAGGAUUACCUAUCUUUUUACCUGAUCAACCCUUUCUGAUUCACUUCCCCGACACAAGAAAGACGAUUUUAUACAGGAUUCUUAUUUAUUUAGCCCCCUAGGUGAUACACUUCCUCGACACACCUGGACUUCUACUACGCUUUCCUAAGCAACCUGUAAAUUCUGCCCUUUUUUUUUCUGAUACACUUCCUCGACACAGAAAAUAAGCAGUAUUGCACAGGAUUUCUGCCUACCUAAGCAGCCUAUAAAUGAUACACUUCCUCGACACGUUUAUAGCGGUAUUCGCAGGACUUUCUAACAUGUUAUUGUCUGAUCGCUCAACCAGAUGGACAACCGCCCGUGCCGAAAUGACCCAGACAAAGCGAUCAGCAGGAUGAAUCAAAUGAAUUGAACAGACGGUUCAGACGAACAACUGAGUGACAUCGACAUGUAUUCUUAAAUUCAAAAGCUCCCAGUCUCUAAUUUUCUGGUUCUUAAAUUUGGAGAGACCUACUUGGUUUUCUGCAGCUGAGGCCGUGCCCCGGAUCGAACCACACAAACUUUAUACUAUAUAAGUAAGAACUUGGCUUACCUAUUAAAAGCGGCCGCUUUUGUUUGUAUGGUCCGUCCAAGCCAUUUCAUAACUGCAGAUGUACACCAUCUCUGGCCCCUGUUGUCAACUCCUGGCAAGCUCGCCAAUUAUGUCGUAGAAAUAUUUGACUCAAAAGUAGUCAACUUAAAAAUAUUUCUCAAGAGACUGGAGCAUGUGAAUACAUUUUUUUGACUUUUAUUAUUUGCAUAACAAAGCCGAGCUUGCUCCAUGGAGCAACUGCUUGCCCUGAACCGGAGCUCUCCUUUUAUACAGACACAAAUGCAUAGUCAACAUACAUAGUUACUCCUCUCUAUGUAAAUGAAUAACAUAUUUUCAUUAUCACAUGUUGGCUACUCACGGGGGCUACUUGCGCUUCUCUAAAUGGGGCCUCUGUAUCUUAUUAGUGGCGUGACUCAAAAAAUUAUGUACAUACGUACAUUAAAGAACAAUCACACUCUGUAUUGACUAUAUUCACUAUCCAGACAUAUAUCUGAAGUACAAAGUAUUAAUCAUGUUCAUUCUGUUUUACCUUUAUUAUUUCAUAACACAUUAUAAAACAUAUCAAUUAAUAUUUAAACAUGGUUUAAACAUGUCAUCCGUAACCCAUUCUCAACCACAUACAUUUAAGCAUUUAUCAUUUACCAUCCUCCCUGGCCCUUGAGAUUAUGUGCAUGUGGCCAUGUGUCAGGUCAUAAGCACAAACAAAUGAUAACACUAGUUCCAUUGUUACUCCAAUCUCCACACAGCCACCACGAGGAGUUGUAUCUCCAUCACAUGUCAUUGACAUACCCAGACCAGCUGCAGGGAGUUAUGAAAAACACAUAAAUGUCUCUGCUCUGUAUUAACCCUUCAACUGGUUCUCAAUCCAUAAACAUUUAAGGUAUAUAGGUGUUUCAUUCUACCAUACUAAUUGUAUUAUUGUGGUGAGAACUGAACAGGUGAAAGUGAAGUCCCUAUAGACAUCCAUUUUGCUUGUAUCUGACCUGUCUUCAGAUAAGUGAGGAGAGGAAGGCACUUUAGAUUAUCAAGAACGACCAUUUAAAAUCCUGUUCAGUGUUUUGCAUUAUUAGCAAUAAUCCAUGUUUGGAGCAGCAUGCAAAUUAACUUUAGCCUGACCAAACCAGUCUUACUGUUACGGCCUUGUGUAUUUUGGGGCUGUAGGAGUAGGAAUGAGAGUAGGAGUAGGAAUGAUCUAGGAUUGGUUCACUGCCAGCGAGUCACCUGCUGAAUUAAAGUAGCAUUUGAUUCAUUUCAGGUGCAGAUGUCACACAUUGUUAUCCGUAGUUGUAGUGUUUGACAACUUGCUGGGGUUAUAUCUUGAACUCUACUGUUACGCUUACUGAGAUGACUGCUUACUUCCCCUAGUGGUGAAAUAACCGCAUUGACAUGUUACAUUAAUUGUGUCAGUGAACCAAUGUACGACAUGGUAGUUAAUUAUACGCUACUUUAAUGUGUCUCUAUCGUAGUAUUAUUAGAUGUAAUUUUUUAUAAAUUGUCUUGAUACACAGACAUACUGGUUGAAUUCAUGACAACAUAUUUCCAGUAGCUCCUCUAUGUCUUGUAACAUAUCCUGUACUGUCUGAAUAAUGUCCUACUCCUCCCCUGCAGUGACUUGGAGGCCCUCCACACCACCAUGUUCUACCUGGUGUGUGUGGUGCCCAUGUGUGUCGCCGCCCUGCAAGUCUUCGCCUGGAGGCCCUUCUCAAUACGCAACAGUCACACCGUGGACACCAAGUAUAUCGACGGCUGA